GUCAAAAAUAAAUGAGAGGUUAAGUAGAACAUGUUUUUGUUUGAAUUUUGGCUUUUAAGGCAUUUAUUACUGUGAGUUUUAAUAAACCUAUAGCUGUAAUGAAUCGUUUCAAGUAUGCAAGUCCACUUUUGAUGGAUAACGAAUCAACCAUCGCUGUGGAAAAUAACGUGAGACUUUACGACGGUCCCCAGAAGACCUCCUUUGAGGGUGGCGAGCUGAUAAUUACGUCUCAUAGGCUGUUUUGGGGAAGGCCAGGGGCAAUAGCUCGUGGACAAACAUGCCUUACUCUGGAUUUGAGCCUUGUAGUGUUUAUUGAGGAAGAAUCACCAAAUUCGUUCAGUUUUAGUCGAUCAAGAAAAGUUAUUUUACAUUUAAGUGAAGUGACAGAAGUAAGUAAUGCUGCCCCACAACAAUACAGUAGCUACAAUUUCAUUAAACUAUCCUUCCGAGAUGGUUUUACAAAUAAUGUGUUGGAUAUUUUAAGUGAUCUUUUGCAAAGAAGGCCUUGGGAAUCCCCUAUGCCUACACCAAUUAUAGCUAAUGAUUCAAAGCCACAAGUAUCUGGUAUCAAAUUGCGUACUGGUAUUGUUGGCAUUGAAAGGAAUCUUCAGGAAAAGCAGAAAGCAACUGAUGAGAGUAUUACUGUAGCAUUCCAAGAUCUCAAUAAAUUGAUGACAAUGGCAAAAGAUAUGGUUCGUUUAACUAGGACAAUUUCUACUAAAAUUAAGGAAAAACAAGGAGAUAUAACCGAAGACGAAACAGUUCGGUUUAAAUCCUACCUUCUAAGCUUGGGUAUUGAUGAUCCUGUGACUAGAGAUGCCUAUAAAUCAGACAAUAUGUACUAUCAGAGCCUAGCAAAGCAAAUUUGCGACUUUCUGCUAUCGCACGUAGAGGAAAUGGGUGGGAUGAUGGCGUUAACUGACGUAUUCUGUAGAGUAAACCGAGCUAGAAGUCUAGAACUCCUGUCUCCAGAAGAUAUUUUGAAUGCUUGUAAGGUUAUGGAGUCGUUAGGCUUGCCAAUGAAGUUGUAUACAUUUUCUUCUGGGGUCAAAGUACUCCAACUCAGCAGUUUGGAUAGUGAGAGUGUGGCAGAGGCCACUGCAGUUUUAGUAGAAGAUAAGGGAUCCCUCUCUUCUGAGGAACUAUCUCAAACUUUAGGAAUAUCGCUUACGCUUGCCAAAGAAAGAUUAUUGACUGCAGAGAAGUUAGGAAAAUGCUGUAGAGAUGACUCCAUAGAAGGUCUGAGGUUUUAUCCAAAUCUAUUUUUAACUAAAGAGGAAUAACUGAUCGUUUGAUGUUAUAUAUUAAUAAAUGUAAAUAAUACUCGAUGCAGUUAUUUGCCUUGUGAAUAAAUAUCUUUUAUAGUUUUGUAUAAAUUAAUUUAUGCUUGAUAAAUUAAAAUAUUUAUUUAAUGUUAACAUGUUUUUAUGAAAUAAUAAAUAUACUAGCCUAAUGUCAAUUUAAGAUAAUUUAUUAUUGCUAAAUUUUUAGCACAAUGCUGCCUUCACUACCAUGGUAGAUGACAGGGGGCUUAGUGAGUAUGCCAAAUUUUUGUAAAAUCUCGCACUUCAGGCAGGAAAGCCUUCCCCUGUCUAAGAAAACUCUUCUUUGACAUCGUAGCCAAGAUCGCUGAAUAAUAUCAUUUCUUCCGAACUAAGCUAACAUAUUAGCUGCGAUUUAGCAUGCAGAAAAACAUUACUAACUUUACGACUGGCU